AUGUCUUUUCAAUCAUUAGACCUUCUUCUUCAACAAGCAGAUGCAUCGGAAAAUAAAAAUUUUACAAAAAAAACAGACAAGAUUAAUUUACAAUCAUCAUUUGGUCUAAAUGAUUUAAUGUUUGAUGACAAUGAGUUAUUUUCUUGUGACCAAAACAUUGCAUCUUCAAUGUCACAACUACAUCUUAACAAUCAAGUGACUGGAGAAUGCCAAAAUAUAUCAGAUUAUAUAAGCAAACAUUUAUCAUUGUUAUCUACGGAUGAACCUAAACUUUCAGUUGUGAAAAAUGCGAAUAAUAUUGAACCAAACCUACCUCUUUCUGACAUAAAAAGUGCAAGUUUCAUAAUUAAUACAAAAUGUGAAGAUAAAACUACCUCUGAGCCAAAUCUAAAAAAAAAAGGUGGCUGUAUUAAAAAAUACAAAAUAUUCCGUACUAAAUCAUUAGCAAAGGUUCGGAAGUCACCUUUAGAAAAACCAGAUUCAGGUUUAAGCUUAACUUUGGGACGGAAAUACCCAAAAUCAAGUUUAAACUUAAUGAAUAAUUAUCUCUGUAAUGUAUUAAUCGAAACGCGAAGCUGUGGGUUCAGAUUUAAUACACCUUCUCCAGACGAAUUAGUGUUAUCUUGGAUGGAUAUUGUUAGACAAAUGCCCAAUAAAUAA